AUGGCCCGUCGGAUUCAAGAAUGGGACUCUGCCAUCGGUACUCUCAACCCCGAAGUCGCUAUCAAGAUCACAUCCAAAGUCGUUCAAGCUAUCAUGUCCCGAUGUCCUGAAGACGCAGUUGAGAUAACGUUAGACGUCAAUACUCGAAUACAAAUUCUCGACGAAUUGUCUCAUCUCGCCGGUGCCCGUAAACAUCAGUUCGCCGCCUUCUGUAGACAUGAGUCAUGCCUGGUAGUUUGGGCAGACGAAGUUGAAACCCUCAUCCCUUCUGCCGAGGCUCUCGAACAACGUAUGAUCGCAUAUGUAUGGUCCGCUUUGGAAGAACGUUUACGAGAAGAAAAGUCGGACAAAACGAAGGAAGAGGAAGCUAUAGGUGCGGAAGAGGGAGAAUGGGAAAAGAGAGAUAUACGACCGGUCAUGCUGUAUGCGCCGUUGAUUUCGGGUUUGGCUAUAAUAUUGACUUUCGUCUUUAUUGGUUCGGGAAUGCGGAAUCUCAUCAAGGAAUCUUUGCUUGAUGGAUCUUACGUUCGGAUGGCCCUGUUGGCGACUUCGCCAUUCGGCUACCUACUUGCUAUAUUCUUCUCUAUCUGUGUCUGCGGCAAUCUCUGGCAGGCGUUCGGGCCAGUAGCUCAUUGUCACCAAAAUUCAUCCUACUACUCUGGGAAGACUCCUACAAGGAUGACCGGUACCUUGCCCCACAUCACAAUCCAGAUGCCUGUGUAUAAAGAAGGUCUUGAGGGGGUCAUCAUACCCACUGUAGAAUCUUUGAAGAAAGCCAUCACCACUUACGAGAGACAAGGAGGUUCCGUCAACAUUUUCAUCUACGACGAUGGUAUGCAAAUCUGGGACGAAGAAGAACAAGAAAUCCGGAAAGCGUACUAUGACAGGAAUAAUAUCGGCUGGACGGCCAGACCCAAGCACGGCGCGAAUGGGUAUAUCCGUAAGGGUCGUUUCAAGAAGGCAUCCAAUAUGAACUUUGGAAAUCGUCUUUCCCUUCGUGUGGAGGAAAUCAUGGAUGAACUUCGACCUGAACCGCCUGCAGAUGAUCCACUGGCUUUAGCAACUUGGCAAUGGACGGACGAAGAUGAGAUGGAGAUUUACGAGGAGGCUUUGGCCAAGGCGUUGGAUGAAACUAAUGGGAUUGCAUGGGCUGCUGGUAAUAUACGAAUAGGAGGGAUUAUCUUGAUUAUCGACUCGGAUACUAGGGUUCCAGAAGAUUGUUUCUUAGAUGCUGCUUCUGAAUUCGCUAGCUCGCCUAAUAUCGGUAUAAUCCAACAUGAAUCAGCCGUCAUGCAGGUCGUCGGACAUUAUUUCGAAAAUGCAAUUACAUCAUUCACCAUCCGAAUCAACUCCGCUAUUUCUUUCUGUGCCGCCAAUGGCGAGGUCGCUCCGUUCGUAGGGCAUAACGCAUUCUUGCGAUGGAGAGCAAUCCAAGAUGCCGCAUUCGUCGAUCCCGAUGACGGCUUGACAAAGUGUUGGUCAGAAACUCACGUGUCGGAGGAUUUCGAUCAGGCUUUACGAUUGCAGAUGAAGGGGUGGUCUUUGAGAUGGGCUUCUUAUUCUAAUGGAGGGUUUCAAGAAGGUGUUUCUUUGACUUGCGAUGACGAGUUAAAUCGUUGGCAGAAAUACGCUUUUGGAUGCUCGGAACUCCUUUUUCAACCAUUAAGAUAUUGGUUUACUCGAGGUCCUAUCACUCCGUUAUUUCAUCAAUUCGUAUGGGCCGAUGGGAUACCUCUCCACAGCAAAAUUUCCGUUUUGGCCUAUAUCUCAUCCUACUAUGCCAUCGCCUGCGCUCUCUUGCUCUCAUGGCUCAACUGGAUCCUCAUCGGGUUAUUCAACGAUAAUCUAGAUCUUUUUUACUUAGAAUCAUGGCAAGUCUUCUUAACUUGUAUCGUCAUCUUUUGCGGUUUAUCAAAUAUUUCAUCGGCGAUAUUCCAAUAUCGUCUCAAUACCAAUUCGUUGGGUAAUGCUUUGAUUGGGAAUUUUAAAUGGAUCAUCUUCUUUUUCUUUUUCUUUUGUGGAAUGUCUUAUCAUCUCACCACUGCCUUAAUCGCCCAUUUGGUAGGAUACAACAUGCAAUGGGCGUCGACCAUCAAAGAAGUCGAAUUAUCACAUUUCUUCAAAGAAUGGCCAUUGAUGUGGAAACGGUUUUGGACAGUUUGGAUCUUAAGUUGGAUUCAAAUCCUCGGAGUAGCAUUCAUGGCUUCUUCCUUAGUCCCCGUGGGUUAUAGAAUAACCAACUUUACGGCUAUAUUACCACUUAUGGCUCAAUCAGCUUGUCAUUUCCUCUAUCCGAUAGUUUUGAACCCAUGGUGUGAGUUUUUGUUUCGUGGCGAUGAGAGAUGGGAAGCUGAUGAUGUAGUGUUGUUAUUCCAAUUUUGA